UUUGAAAGAACUUUCGGCAAAAAGGAUUCAAGAAGAAAAAGAAGAAGAGAACAAAAUGCCAGCCGAACCCUCCGACCUCACGGAGCAGCAGCGCGCCGCCUACCUCCUCGACGCCCAGGACAAAGCCCUCGCCCUCUUCGACGAGAUCCAGCGCACCCUCCUCCGGCCGGGCGCCACCGAGGCCGGUCUCAGCAAGGAGAUCUUCAGCCUCGCCGCCGAGCGCUACGGCGUCAAGACGCACUGGCACAAGCGGGUCGUCCGCAGCGGGCCCCACACCCUCCACCCUUACGACGAGAACCCGCCCGACCGUACCCUGGAGGCCGGUGACAUCCUCUUUGUCGACCUGGGCCCUGUGUUUGAGGCCUGGGAGGCCGAUUUCGGCCGCACCUAUUGCUUGGAGGGGGCGGAUGAGUUCAAGUGUAAGCUGAGGGAUACGCUGGAGCCGGCUUGGGAGAAGACCAAGGCCCGGUAUCUGGCGGAUCCGGAUAUGACGGGAAAUCAACUGUUUGAUAUUGCCAAGGAAGAGGCGCAAAAGGCUGGUUAUGAAUUCGGCGGCCCCAUUGCCGGUCACCUGGUCGGCCAUUUCCCCCACCAGCGGAUCCCCAGGGACAAGGUGACGCUCUACAUCACCGACGGCAGCGAUCAGCCCAUGAGCAGGCUCGAUGCCAACGGCAGGAAGUAUCACUGGAUCCUCGAGAUGCACCUUGUCGACCGGGAGAGGCAGAUUGGUGGCUUCUUUGAGCAGCUGCUCACUGUGGGUUGAAGCUCCCCUUGUUGACGCUUGUGGUGGGAACACCAACAUCAAAAUGUAUCAUGUCUCUUGGUGCUGGGAGCUUUUGAAUGUAAAUGUACUUAUUAUGGUGUUUCCAUUGGCCAGUUUACUUCAUCACAGGCCUUGCUAAAAACCUUGGCUUCUCUGGGAAACAGCC